AUGUCCCUCCUCCACGCCCUCCUCAACGCAACCAACUACCGCAACCCCUUCCUCCGCACCCUCGUCCCCUCCAUCAGCCUCGCCUUCGGCAUCCAAGCCGCCGCCGCCCUCCCCUCCAUCCUCUUCCAAACAGAGCGCUUCUACGACCUCUCCGGCUCCCUCACCUACAUCUCCUGCACCGCCCUGUCCCUCUACCUGCCCACCCUCCGCGCCCGCGCAGCAGCCAACUUCUCCUCUACAGCCCCCGCGUGGCCGAGUCUGCUAGCCAGCUUGACGAGCAAGGGGACGCUGAAUGCGUGGAACUGGCGCCAGGUUGUUCUCUCCGCUGCUGUGACGCUCUGGGCUGCAAGACUCGGCACUUUCCUGUUCUCGCGCAUCACCGCCGACGAUGGGAAAGAUUCCCGCUUCGACAACAUCCGCUCUUCCCCCGCGAAAUUCUUCGGCGCUUUCGUCGCGCAGGCAACUUGGGUAUCGCUCUGCCUCCUCCCCGUCCUAGCAGUCAACAGCAUCCCCUCCACCACCCUCGCGGCCCUCCCCUUCUUCACAAUCACCGACAUCCUCGGCCUACUGCUCUACGUAGGCGGGAUUUCAUUCGAGGCUACAGCAGACAGGCAGAAGAACCAGUGGAUCAAAGAGAAGAAGGAGAAGAAGCACGAGGAGGACUUUUUGACGCGCGGGUUGUGGAGCAAGAGUCGGCAUCCCAAUUACUUUGGGGAGAGCACGCUUUGGACGGGCAUUGCUACUGCUGCUGCGGGCGUCAUGAUGAGUUCGGUGGGGCAGGCGGGCAUGGGGUUGAGUGGAGGGUUGGGAGCCAAGGUGGGCGCGUUGGCUAUGGCGGGUGUGAGUCCGGCAUUUGUGACGUUUUUGUUGUUGAAGGUUUCUGGUGUGCCGCUCAGCGAAAAGAAGUACGACAAGCGAUAUGGCGACCGCAAGGACUACCAGGAGUGGAAGAAGAAUACGCCAAUGUUCAUUCCCAAGUUGUGA